ACCCCCCUCUUACCAACCAGAAACAUAUCCGGUUCAAACCAGAACUACUUCCGGAAGACGGUGCAGCUCGCCAGCAGCCGCGGCUCUGUGAAAAUGGCGGAUGUACCAGCAGAGAAGAGCCUGGACGAUUUCUUCGCCAAGCGGGAUAAAAAGAAGAAGAAAGGGAAGGAGCCGGUCGUUGUGCCCGCGUCCGCAGCGGCGAAGAAGACUAAGAAAGAGAAGGAGAAAUCUGCUAAAAACGAGAACCAAGACGCUCAAGUGGAAAAGGACGAUGAGGAGUGGAAAGAGUUUGAGCUGAAGGAGGUGGACUACACUGGGCUUCGCCUCCAGGCUUUACAGAUGAGUGAUGAACGAGAGGAAGAGGAGUAUGAGAAGGAGGAGGUGGGAGAGGAUGGAGAGAUCAUUCUGGUUAGUGGGGACAAAGUGUCCGGCCCCUGGAACAAGUCUGGGGCUCCUCCCCCUGCCGCCGCUGCUGCUCCUGAUGUUGAAGAAGUGGAGGCGCCUGAAGCCAAGCCUUCCGGCGUGUACCGACCUCCUGGAGCCAGGCUGACCACCAACAAACGGGGCCCCACCCAGGGCCCCCCAGAGAUCUUCAGCGACACGCAGUUCCCCUCGCUGUCGGCCUCGGCGAAGCACGUGGAGACGCGCAAAGACAAAGAAAUGGAGAAGACGUUCGAGGUGGUGAAGCACCGGAACCGCGGCCGGGAGGAGACCACGGGCGCCUCCGUGCAGCACCUGCAGCUCGACAACCAGUACGCCAUCCUGGGGGACAAGUAGAAGCUCCGCCCUCCCGCUCAGCCCACGGGAGGAAGCUGACUCCGGCUGUCUGGGCUGCAGUCCUGACAGAGAUGCUGCACCCCCCCCUCCCCCUCCCCGGUCACCACACCAAACAAAAGUACACAAUGCCACGGCAGCGACACGCUUCACACACGUCACACACACCCGGUCAGCAGAACUGAGGGGCUGCAGCGGAAGGGGCAGGAAAAGGGGGGGGUCUUCAUAACAUACCCCAACAUCCGACACUGCAGCGAGUGUCGUCGCCCCCUGUGGGCGGUGAUCAGAGCGGCGGUUGUGUGGCGCAGCUUCUGCCCGGACUUCAACGCGCUUUGACGCUUCCUCAGAGGACGGAAGACUUUAGACGACCCGACGGACUCUCCGUGAAAACUACGCUUUGUGUUUUCUUUUUGUGUUUUUGGCCAAGCGCGCACGCUUCCUCUGAGGUGCGGUCCCGGGACGCGGUGAUGCUUCUCCAGCGGCGUUUGUUUUGGAUUUUUUUUUUUCUCUCUCCCUGGGGGGCGGGGGCGAACCCCGGCCGUCCACCCGGCUGUUUCAAACUGGGUUUUCACGCAUGCUGACGACACUCUGGAGGUGGCGGCCAUCCUCACAAUCUCUUUAUCAAGUGACCUUACUGACGAAGAGUCGCGGAGGCCUCUUCAUCUCUCACCACUUUGCAAAGAGAGGAAACGUCUCCAAUGGUUCUGGUCCAGAUUGUAGUUCUGUUGUAGAUUGCCUGAUGAUUACAGCGAUUUACUGUCAUCCGUGUCCACUGGUGGAUCUUGCUCCUCUUUACCUUCAAAACAUGAAAGAAAUUGAAUAAAUAAAGCUUGUUUCUAAUCUGAGACGGUCCUGUCGGCGGCGUUUCACAAGAAAAGCAACAGCUGGGAUGCAUUUAUUUUGAAAAUAUCCAAAGCAAAGAGGACAAUCCGUAAAAUGUGAAACCAUAAGAGUCCUCGGUUUUCUGGAAAUGAGGCAAACCUCGGCGUCGAUCGGCUCGCCCUCGUCUUUGAGGAAGGGUUUGUCGUGACGGUCCAUGGUUCCUCUGGUCCGGCUCUGAAGCUCCAGGUCUUCAUUCCCACCUUCACCCUCAGCGUUGAUCUAGAUUUACUGCUACUAGGAAUAAAGGAGCGUACCAAGCCGUCUGAAAGACUCAAUGAUCAGUUUUUCAAAAUAAAAGUACUUUUGAAAAAA